GGUUAAUAUGAACGCCCCUCUCGCCGGAAUCUGGCUCCCGCUGCUCCUGACCUGGCUCGCCCCCGAGGUCAGCUCUUCAUGGUGGUACAUGAGAGCUACAGGUGGCUCCUCCAGAGUGAUGUGUGACAAUGUGCCAGGCUUGGUGAGCCGCCAGCGUCAACUGUGCCACCGACACCCAGACGUGAUGCGUGCCAUCGGCCUGGGGGUGGCCGAGUGGACCGCAGAGUGCCAACACCAGUUCCGUCAGCACCGCUGGAACUGUAACACACUGGACCGCGAUCACAGCCUCUUUGGCAGGGUGCUGCUCAGAAGUAGUCGGGAAUCCGCCUUUGUUUACGCCAUCUCCUCAGCUGGAGUUGUGUUUGCCAUCACCAGGGCCUGUAGCCAAGGAGAGUUAAAAUCCUGCUCCUGUGAUCCCAAGAAGAAGGGAAGCGCCAAGGACAGCAAGGGCACCUUUGACUGGGGCGGCUGCAGUGAUAACAUUGACUAUGGCAUCAGAUUUGCCCGCGCCUUUGUGGACGCCAAGGAGAGGAAAGGAAAGGACGCCAGAGCCCUGAUGAACCUGCACAACAACCGAGCGGGGAGGAAGGCGGUAAAGCGGUUCUUGAAACAAGAGUGCAAGUGUCACGGCGUGAGCGGCUCCUGCACCCUGAGGACGUGCUGGCUGGCCAUGGCUGACUUCCGGAAGACGGGCGAUUAUCUCUGGAGGAAGUACAGCGGGGCCAUCCAGGUGGUCAUGAACCAGGAUGGCACCGGCUUCACUGUGGCCAACAAGAGGUUCAAGAAGCCGACCAAGAAUGACCUUGUGUACUUCGAGAAUUCCCCAGACUACUGUAUCCGGGACCGAGACGCAGGCUCCCCAGGUACAGCAGGACGAGUGUGUAACCUGACCUCCCGGGGCAUGGACAGCUGUGAAGUCAUGUGUUGUGGGAGAGGCUACGAUACCUCCCGCGUCACCCGCAUGACCAAGUGCGAGUGCAAGUUCCACUGGUGCUGUGCUGUGCGCUGUCAGGACUGCCUGGAGGCUCUGGACGUGCACACGUGUAAGGCCCCCAAGAGUGCCGACUGGGCUGCUCCCGUGUGA